AUGGCAUUAUUUGAAUGCGAUCACAAACAUACUCAAGCAAUAGAUCUAGUAACAACAAUAUGUAAUGACUGUGGAUUAUGUGUUUCUUUAAAUGAGUUUGUUUCAGAAUUUGAACUUGAGUUUGACAAAACUAGAACUUUGCUUCCCACAUCAAUAGAUGGUAAUAUAGUACAACCGGGACAAUAUAAUAAUAAACCAAAUAUUUUAAAUGCAAUAAAGAGAACACUUUCAACAUUGAAUUUUUCAAAUUUUGAAUCAAGAGUUGUUGCCAUAUAUAACAGAGUUUCAAAAGAUUUUGAAAUAGGACAAGGACAGUUGCUUGGGCUAGUUAUUGCUUCUUGUGCAAUAAUAGUCAUUAGAGAAGAAAAAGCACCAAUAACGAUCCGUGAAAUAGCGUCCAUGUUGGAACUUAAUGUUUACCAAUUGUCUAAUACUUUAAACAUAAUAAGAUCUAAUUUUCAUCCAUCUGUUACAACAUUUCUAGAAUUAGAGAUCUUAAUAACACGCGCAUUAAAUGAAAUGUUUGAAAAUGACGGCUGGAAAAAUCGAUUACCAUUAUACAAUAAUAAUAUUAAAGCAUUAAGACACCUAGAAGAAAAUUGGAGGAUGUUGGAAAGUCGUGGAAAUUAUGAGACAAACAUAGUAACAGGAAGACAGCCAGCACCUAUUGCAGGGGCAAUUAUAUUGCUUGCAUUAGAAGCAACUGAACGACCAAGCUUCGAUGAAUGGAAAAUUAAUCAUAAAAAUAUAGCAAAGUCUAUUGGAACAAUAGUUAAUGUAGACUCGUCGUGUUCAAUGCAAGAAAGAUAUAGAGAACUGGUUGAUAUAAUGUCGAAUAAAAUUACAGAUAUACCUUGGGCUUAUCUUGCACAUAAGAAUAAAAAUAGGAGUUACUUGUAUAUAAAUGAUGUUUUGCAAUUUCAUGAUUAUAUUAUGGAAUCUCAUGAAAAAAACACAGGAAAACCGGGAAAAAAUUCUACGGUGGCUAAACGUCCUCAUACAAAUUUUAUUAGUGAAGAUGAAGAUGAAGAUUUGGAAUUACUUAUUGACGAUGAUGAAAUAGAUCAAUAUAUAAGAGACGAGGAUGAGGUUGAAAAUUUAAGAAAUUUACAAGAUUCAAUUCUUGCAGAUCAGGAUGAUCAGUUCAUGAAAAAGCAACCGAAGAAACGGUCCAAGUUAUUACAUCUAAAAAAGCAAGAACCAAAACAAAAUAUCACCAAUAAUGAUGGUGACAACAACGAUGAUGUUGGCUCGCAGGACAAAUCUGAUCAGCAUCAAGAAAAAAAUAAAGGAAAAGGGACUCAAGCAACAUCUAAAAAAAUAUUAAUGAAUCCUAAUGAUAUUGAUAUAGAAACAUUUGAUUAUAUAUAA